UUAUUAUUAUUUGGAAUAUAAAGAAGUUCAAAAACUGAAAAAGGACGCCAUCCCCGUUCAUAGCAUAAAUAUGAAAAAAUUGAUAAUUUUCACAAUAAUUGCAUUAUUGGCAGUGGUUUCAAUAGUGGCGAUUAUAUGGAUACUUCCACAUUCAAUACGUGACUAUAGGGGCCCUGAACUAGGCAAUUUGAAGUAUUUUCACAAUAUUUUUUCAAGUCAGGAUUCUCUCGGCUAUAAAGAAAAACCGGAUUAUUCGUCUGAAAAACGCACCUAUCAACCUUAUUUUGGUCAACUAAAUUUUUCGCUUAAAAUAUUGGAUUCGUUGCAAAAAGAGCAUCCAAAUGAAAACGUUUUUUAUUCGCCGCAUAGUUUAUAUCGGACACUUUUAUUGGCAUACUUGGGUGCUGGUGGUGAAACAGAAAAAGAACUCAAAGAUUUAUUAGGAUUGCAUUGGGCUGAAAGUAAGGCUGAUAUCGAGUAUAUGUAUAAAUUGGAGAAAGAAGUACGAGCCAAACGAUUUCAAAGUCAAUCUCAGAAUCAAACAAUCGAAUUAAAUUCAGUUAACAAGUUCUACGUGUCGGUGUAUAUUAACAUGCGUGAACGGGCGAAACAAUUGUUUAACGACAGUAUUGAACAAUUGAAUUUUGCUGAUGAUCCACAUCAAUGUAUCGAACACAUCAACCAAUUCGUGGAAAAUGUUACAAAGAAUAAUAUUAAAAAUUUUGUAUACGAUCAAAUCACAAACAACACCUUGUUUACUAUUGUAAAUGCAAUAUAUUUCAAAGGAGCAUGGUUAAAAAAGUUCAAUAAACAACAAACCGAUUCGAAGCUGUUCUAUGUUUCGAGUGGAGAACCACUUUAUGUUGAUAUGAUGUAUAAAAGAGAAGAGGCCGAAUAUGGUUUCAUAAGAAGUUUGGAUGUAAAAUUCCUGAAAAUGCCAUACAAAGGUGAAAAUGGAUCGAUCUCAAUGUAUAUUUUCCUGCCGUUAGAUAAUUCAACAUCAAUUGAUGAAUUAUUGGGAAAAUUUACGGACGAAAUUUUAGAUUAUGCAUUUAGCGGAGCUGAGACAAGAGUUGAAAAUGUUAAGAUUUAUUUCCCAAAAUUUACACUUGAGAAAACAUCUGAUUUGGAAUCGGCAAUGAAACGUAUGGGAUCACAGAAUUUGUUUAAAAAUUCAAAUUUCAGCGACUUUUUCGAAUCCGAAGAAAUAGAAACCAAAACUAAAUUGAUACACAAGGCGAAAAUAGACAUUUAUGAAGAAGGUACAAAGGCUGCAGCUGCCACAGGAUAUGCCUAUAUGAUAGCAUCUAAAAGAUAUAAAUAUGAAUAUGAAAUAUUUAAUUGCAAUCAUCCAUUCUUGUAUAUGAUCCAUGAUAACAAAUUUAAAGAAAUAUUAUUCGCAGGAAUUUAUAAUGGACCUAAAUGA